AUGGUAUAUGGUUUCAUAAUUCACUCUAUAGAUUAUAAUUUUGGUCAACAACAGCAACAACAGCAACAACAACAACCUCCAUUUGUUUAUUUAUCACAAUUUUAUACAUCAGAAGGAAAUGAUAAAGAUUUUAUAAAAAGACAAAAUGCGAUUAUUGAAAAGGUUUUAAAAGAUUAUUCAUUUAAAUUUCAAUGUGAACACACCAAACCUGAUGAAAAGCUAUACCCAGAUUGGGCAUUUUCAUACUCACAAAGAAACAAUGCAAAUUUUAUUGAUAUCAGAGGUGAAAACAGUUCAAAAGAAGGUAUAUUUAGAAUUAUUCCAAUUAAUAAAUUAAAGCAUCAAAAACAGCAACAAUCACAACAACAAUCACAACAACAACAAUUUUUACAACAAUUUAAUUUUUCAAAUCAAUUUAAUCAAUCUUCAAAUGAUGAUACUUCAACCUCAUUAUCUGAUCCUUCUUUGUAUGUUUCAACUCCAAAAUUUGUAAUUUGGAAAAAACUUUUAGGAGUUUGUUUUACAAUCAUUUGUGAAGAAGAUGAAAAUAGACUAUUAGUUUCAAAUUUUUUAACAAUGUUUAGUAAUGUUAUUUUAGAUAAUUUUAAAACUACUAUCUCCAAAACAUUACCACAAGAAAUUUUACCAAAAUCAGACGAAAUUUUAUUAUUAUUAAAUAGCUAUUUACCAAAUGGCCAACUAUUAUUUAUAUCGAAUCAAUUCUCAAAACAAAUCAAAACAAAUAUACAAACAUUACAACAAUCCUAA